AUGGUGGGCAUUCCUGGCCUGGAAGCUUUUCACUUCUGGAUCGGCAUCCCGCUCUGCCUCAUCUACAUGGUGACUUUGGUGGGGAACAUCAUUGUGGUCUUGGUCAUCAAGAUGGAGCCUGAUCUCCACAAGCCCAUGUUCUUCUUCCUCAGCAUGCUGGCCAUAAAUGACCUGCUCCUCAGCACCACCAUUCUGCCCAAGAUGCUGGGCAUCAUGUGGAUGGGCUCAAGGGAGAUUGGCUUCAGCGCCUGCCUGCUUCAGAUGUACUUGGUCCACACCCUCUCCAUGGUGGACUCUGCCAUCUUGUUGGCCAUGGCCUUCGACCGCUAUGUGGCCAUCUGCCGCCCACUGCACUACGCAACCAUCCUCAGCAACACGGCAGUUGCCAAGAUGGGAUUGGCAGCUGCUGCCCGAGGGGUGAUAUUGGUCAUCCCCUGCCCUGUACUUCUCAAGAGGUUGCCCUAUUGCUUCCACAAGGUCAUCCCACAUGCCUACUGUGAACACAUGGCCGUGAUCAAGCUGUUCACAUGUGCCAAUACAUUUAUCAACCGGACCUACGGCAUUUCUGUGGCACUCUUGGUGGUGGGGAUGGACCUGGGGCUCAUUGCCACAUCCUACGCUAUGAUCCUGCAGGCCGUCUUCCAGCUGUCAUCACGAGAGGCCCGGGCCAAAGCCCUGGGCACCUGUGCUGCUCACACCUGCAUCAUCUUGGCAUUUUAUGUGCCUGGCCUCUUCACCUUCCUCACCCACCGGAUUGGCAAACACAUCCCUGCUUGCCUCCACAUCAUCCUGGCCAUCCUGUACAUCCUGCUGCCCCCCAUGCUGAACCCGCUGGUGUACGGGAUGAAGACUCAGCAGAUCCGAGAUCAGGUGCAUAAACUGAUCUCCUGAGUCCUUUGGGAGAGGGGCGGCAUAUAAGUAUAAUAAAAUAAAUAAAAAUAAAUAAAUAAGCAAGAUCAGACCUGGAGGAUCAGCCAUUAGAUGCCCCCGGCUGCUUCUCGUGAUCCUCAGUGACUAUGCCUGAUUCAAAGGAGAAGCCGGUUGGAUUUUAUUUUGGCUUUUUUUUCUUUGCUUUUUUACUUUGCUUUUUGUCUUUCACUGUGAGUUGUAUUGUGUUGGGGAGGGGGGGUUGCACGAAGGGAGGCUCAGCCAAUCUCAUCGUACACAUGUUGUACUCUGACAAUAAAGGUUUGAAUUGAAUU